AUGACUUCAUUCGAUUUAUCUUCAUCAAAUCCUAUUCAAGGUGGUACAGUGCCACAAUCAUUUGAUUUUGAUUCUUCGAUUAUGGUACCAACACCAUCCACAACAACCACAACAAAUCAACAAGUAUUUAAUCUAUCACAAAAUUCCGUCACAUACGAAGAUACUCUUCAUACCUUUCUAACAGAAAAGGACGGAAAUAAAUAUUAUAAAGGCUUUAAAAGAACAUACAAGUCGACUAACAAUGAAAUUGUUAGGGAACAAAUGUUUUGGAUUGGAGACUUUAUUCAGUUUAACAUUUUUGUGAGUCAAACUGAACCUCCAACUAUUCAUGAAGGUAAAAUUACAAGUGUUUAUUCUUGUACUUUUAUGGGAAAUAUUAAGAAAUGUAAAGUACAAAUGUUGAGAUCCCAUGAAGAGGUUAAAUCAAUGAUGGGUGUAGUAGGAGAGGAUUUAAUGAAAAAGAAGGAUGAUUUCAGAAGAUAUAUGACAGAUUUAGAGGGUGAAAUUCCUCUUAAUACAAUUACUGGAAGAGUUUUUGUUGUUCGUGACGCUAAAGAACUCAAACAAAGAUGUGGAUAUUAUGUUGAAAAUGAUGAUCAAGUCAACACUAUUGAUAAUGAUUGUUACAUUGAAAAAUUAACAAAUCCUCUCUCACAAACUAAUUCACAACAACAAACUAAUUCAGUAACAAUUCAAUCUUUGACAUUUUCAUGGGCUAUGAAGGAUUACAAAUCACCACCAUCCAAUCACUAUGAUUACUAUUCAUCAUGUAUUAUUGGAAGUGGAUCAUUAUUAAUGCUCUCAGUUGGAAAUGUUUGUCAAUUGGAAAUUAAAAUACCUCAAUCUCAACAACUAAAUGUUGGUGCACCAACAAGCAAAAUCAUUAUGGGAAGAGUUUCGAAAAUGUUUGAAGAUAAGACAACUUUAGAAAAUUUGAAAUACUUGUCCAUUGAAGAAAUUUCUUCACACAAAAAAACACCUUCUCUCACUUUUACUGGUUGCGUGAAGAACAUUCCAGUCACUGAUAUUCUCUCAAUAAAGAAGCAAUUGUAA